UAAACGAUUCAUGUUCGAGAACUUCAUAAGACAAGAGAACAUAACUCAUGAAGAUAAGGUGAAAUUUUUAUUUGACAUGUUUUUAUGACAAAAAAAAAAUGGACAUGUUUUUAUUCAAAACUGAAUGAAUGCCAGUUAUAUAUGUGUGUGUUUCGGUGUGUGUAAGGCAUUAAUUUCUUUCAAAAUUUGACGAAAAUAUAGUGUCUAAGUGGGAUAACGAGUUUCAAGAGAACUUGUGAACAGUUUGGAUAGUGAUAUACUUCACAAUUGUGUGAAUCAAAAAGCUUGGAAGGUCAUAGAAGAUCCAAAUGUAGCAAGAGGAGAAUGCGUAAAGAUUGUAUCCCAGUGAAUGAUUCUAAGAAUUCUACAAAAUAAGAAAAAAGGCAAACAAGUGUAAAAGAUCUAACAAAGUUCAUAUAUAAUAUUGCAUGUCUGGAGUCACUUUUCCGGCGGGCACAUGCAUAACUGUCUGUACCAAAACAUGAAUGUUCUAAAACGUACACAUGAACAAUAAAUUGGGUUGAAUCUCAGAGUGGAGUAGCUCUUACUCUUCAUGUACAACCUUAAAUUCUACUCAACACUUAGUCACUAACUUGUUUGGCGUUGAUCAGUCCACUUCAAAAUCUAACUGAUGGAGAACUCUCAAAUCUUCAAUCUAGCUAGUCUAUAUUGCAUCGUUGUUCAAUAGUUAGAUUCAGCACUAAAAUUCUAACUUAACAUGUAAAUUAACUUAUUUGACAAUUGACAUGAGCCUUUGUAGACAUGGAACCACUUUUCUUAUUUUUGUCAACUCAUCUGAUAGAGACCUAUCUUUAAAUAAAUUAAAAGUUAUUAUAAUAAAAAAUAUUGUAAAAGAUUUUUAAUAAUAAUAAUAAUUUAAAGAUAAAAUAAACAUCAAAAAUAAAAUAAUUAAUAACAUAAAAUAAGAAUUUAUUGAGUAAUAAAAUGAAUUACUGCUAAAUAAAUUACCUUUCCAAAAUAUAAUAUUUUUAUUAUGAAAUAAUAUAUAUGUUAUAGGUUUUAUGUUAGUCCAUUGUAUAUGUAGAUAUAUUUUUAUAUUUUAUUUAUAAAUUUUGAAAAUAUAUUAUAUCCUUAAAAAAUUAAGGAUAUAAUAAGAUUUACAUUAAUAAAGGUAUAGUUGACCAAACUAAUAAAAGAAAAAAAAAAUUAACAAAAUAUGAUCAAAGUAUUUUUUUUUUCAGUUCUCCUGAAAGGAAAAAAACCCUUAAUAAUUUUUUUAGCGUCUAAUUAAGUCAUCUUCACGCUUGUAGUUGUAGGCUUGUAAAGCACACAUGUUACAUAGAAAAGGACGCAUGAACAAAACACCCGAAUAACAUCUACCAUGAUUUAUUCAAACCCUACCGCUUCUGCUGAUAUGCUCUCCUACUGGUUUAGCCUGGCCCUCUAAUAUCUCACUCGCUCUGGAUCUUCUAUGCAUCUUCUGUCUUCAUCUUUCUAGGGAUUGCCCGUCUACUGAAGCUCUCCGCCUUGCAUGUUGUCUCUCGACUGAUCCGUCUAAUAGGUUCAGAUUAUUUUCUUCAUUUUGGAUGUAAAUUGGGCCUAGGCCCGCAGCUAUUAACACUCUAUAGGCUGACUGUAACUACCCAAUGGGCUCACCAAUUCUCCCAAAUUUUACCGACUCUUUUCUCUCGCCAGACCCAAUGGGCCUAAUACUUUGCUCUUUUCUCUCGCCGGACCCAAGCUCUCUGUCGCCGGAUACGCCGCAUCUCUCUCUCUCUGUCUCUCUCAAAACGAUUAGAGAAUGAUGCAAAGCCUUGGACGAUACUCAAAACGAUUUCUCUUGUUCAGGAAAACACAGCCGAUGAUUCAGUUCACGCGUACCCUAACGUCGGCGAAGCUGAAUGACACUUUACAUAGUCGGGUCAUGGCGGUGGAAAACAGGUUCCCGUUCCUAUGGAGAGUUAAGGUCACACCUGUGCUGAACGAAUGGCUGAAACAAGGCAAUGAAAUAAACCCUACGGAUCUUAGAGCCGUCAUCAAAGCUCUCUGCGAGUCUCAGCGAUUCGACCACGCCCUCCAGGUCUCGGAGUGGAUAACUAAACGAGGGGUGUUCGAGCUAAGCACUGAAGAUGUUGCAUCUCGGCUUUAUCUUAUUGAGAUUCAUUCAGGGUUGAGUGAAGCAGAGAAUUUCUUCAAAAGCGUUCCCGAGAACAUGAAAGACGACUUAGUCUACACCACUCUCUUAAGCUUCUACGCAAAAGACAAGGAAACACGACACGAAGCCGAAGCCACUUACCAGAAGAUGAGGGAGAAUAAUAUGCUCUUCAAACCUAACCCUUACUACAAGAUGAUCUCUCUCUACGGCCUUCUUGGAGAAACAAAUAUGGUCGACGAGAUUGUUAGGCAGAUGAGAGAAAACGGAGUUCAGCAUGACAUAACUCUCACGUCCAAUAACGUUUUGAAGACUUACGCGAGUGUCCCUGAUGUGGAGGCAAUGGAGAAGUUUCUGAAAAGAAUAGAAGAUGAAACGCCACCGCUUGCGUUGGCUUGGCAAACGGGAAUAAGCAUGGCGAAGGCUUACUUAAAGAGUGGUUCAAGUGGAAAAGCGAUAAAGAUGUUGCGUAGAACAGAACAAGUAGUUGAUGCAAAGUCGAAAGACGCAGCGAACAAGGAGUUAAUGGAGAUGUAUGGGGAGGCUGGAGCUAAACGAGAUGAGUCCCGCCUCUAUAUCAGUCAGAAUGCUAAUCAAGGACGGAGAAAGGGGGCGUAUCGAUGUAAAGGAAGUGGCGGACGAAGCUCUAACCACCCGGGAUAUUACUAUGGUGGCUGUGGUGGUGGAUGUGGCAGUAUACGUGGUGGUGGGGAUGGUAGCCGCGCUGAUGAUAACGGUGGUGGUGAUGAUAGCCGUGCUGAUGAUGACGGUGGUGGUGUCGGUGCUGAUAAUGACGGUGGUGGCGUCGGUGCUGAUAAUUACGGUGACAGUGGCAGCCGAUGUGGCGGUGGGUGUGGUGGUGGUUGUGGUGGAUGUGGUAGCUGGGAUUGAGAGUAGAAAACCAAGUAGAGAAUCAUUGGUCAUGUUUUUGUGAAAAUAAUGGUUUACUUAAUUUUUUGUAAUUUAGGCUUUCAUUUAAACUAAAAAGAGAAUGAAAAAUGUUUACAAGCUUUUGGCUUUAGAUAACCGGGCCAAGCCCACACUUAAAACUCAUAAUAAUAGAACCUUUUCUGACCCAGAACCCA